UUUAGCUGGGAUACCAGUACUAACGUACGGUUUGCAAAACGGCUGGAUGUCGCCCUUCAUCAUUGUACUCCAGUCAGAGAACAGUCCAUCUGGCUACCCCCUAUCUAAUUAUGAGAUUUCUCUAAUUGCUAGCGGUAUUAGUACUGUAGCCAUCGUCACAGCAGUAAUAUAUGGUUACAUAGCAGAUGCUUUUGGCCGACGCUUGUCUUUGAUCCUAGUAGUACUUCCACAGAUUCUUGGCUUCGCACUAAAGUUGGUGUCAGCCCAUCCCAUAAACCUACUCAUAUCGCAGGCUUUUUGUGGCAUAGCCGGUGGCGGAGUAUUUUGUGUUGCUCCUGUGUAUAUAAAAGAAAUUGCGCAAGACUCCUUAAGGGGCAUUUUAGGAUCCUUUGGAUUACUUCUACUGAGCAUAGGAUUGCUCAUAAUGUACGCGAUGGGAGCAUAUAUGGAUUACUAUACCGUACUCUGGAUAGUUACGUGGUUCCCGAUUCUUAAUUUAAUUGCAUUAUUUUUUAUACCCGAAUCUCCUGCUUUCUUGGUGAAGAAAGGAAAAAUUGAGAAUGCUGCUAAAGUGAUGGCCUGGCUAAGAGGAGUAGAAAUAGAUGACAAAGAAGUAGAGCGGGAUAUCAUGAUUACCAAAAAUGAAAUUGCGGAAUACGAAAAUCUACCGCCAGUGUCUUGGAAGUCUAUUUUAUUUGAACAGACAUCACGAAGAGGUCUUGGUUUAUCGUUUUUAAUGAUCACAUUGCUAGACAUGAGUGGGGUUUACGCUAUUCUGACCUAUGCGUCAGUGAUCCUGAGAAACGCUGGAGUAACAUUUGCCCCAGAAGUUCAAGCUUUAUCUUUUCCAGCUCUCAUGACACUAGGAUCUCUAUUAUCAGUUCUUACUAUAGAGAGAUUUGGGAGAAAGCCUCUAAUUAUGAUAAGUGCCAUUUUAUCUGGCAUACCGUUGGCCGUGUUGGGGGCACUAAUUCUGGUGCAAAGAAAUGGACAAUCUUUGCCGUCGUGGCUGGCAGUAGUCUGUAUUGGCAUGUGCUUGUACUCAAGUGGACUGCAUAUGCCUCUACCAUACGUUGUCAUAUCGGAAAUGUUCAACAUGCAGCUAAGAACAAAAAUUCUCGGUCUUCUAGUAUGCUACAGUUGGGCCGUAUGUGCAGUACAAGCUAUGGUAUUUGCGCCGAUAACCGAAUACUUUGGCAUGCACACUAUGUUCUUCGGGUUUUCGUUCUUCAAUUUUAUAGGAGUUAUCAUUAUUUAUGUAGCUUUACCUGAGACUAAAGGGAAGACUCUGGUGCAACUAAGCAAAGAACUGGAAGGCAGACGUGAAUGAAAAUAUAUUAAAUAAGAACUUAAU